AUGCAUGAAGCGAUGGAUUAUGACUUUAGAAACAUUAUUUUAUUUGACGUAGACAAAGCACCAGAUGGUAGAAUAUUCGUUACUGCAGUAAGAGAUAAAGGAGUACCAGCAAGUCUAAUGACAAUAAGUAAUGAAAGAGGACCGGGAGGUCCACUUUUGUCUCCGUAUCCAAAUUGGUCAUGGUAUAAUGACACUACUGAUUGCGAUAACAAUAUUAUAAGUAUCAAAUGCAAUCGUCUCUUCAUUCUGGACUUUGGAAUAAAAAAUGGAUUUGAAGGAGAGAGAGUUUGUCCUCAAAAACUAUUGAUAUUCGAUUUAGAAUAUGAUAUGCCCGUUGAAAAUAUUCGCAUUCCAUCUCACAUCGCUAACAACAAAAAUGGCAUUGGAUUGCUCGCAACAGUAGUUGCUGAUGUUCAAGAUUGCAGUCGCAUAGAUGAUGCAACCGUUAGUAUGGCUGACGUUGCAGGUUACGGUUUAGUGACAUACAACAGACACUCAGGCUUCUGCAGAAUUGAAUCUGAUUUCAUGAAACCAACUCAUCCCUAUUUUACUAUAGAAAACGAGAGUUUUUAUUUGGAAGACGGUAUUCUUGGUUUAACAACCAUUAAUAAAAAUUUACUUUACGCUCCUUUAGCGGGGAAUAGAAUAUUCAAGAUGAAUAAGCAUACUCUAAAAAAAUGUUCAAAAUUAAGCAAUAGUAAGGCUAAUAAAUUAACUAAAGUGGCGGGUAUAUUAUCUGGCCAAACGGGACCGAUAGCAUCCUACGGUAAUGUAAUAUUUUUUAGCAAUAUCCCGGAAACGUCUAUUCUUUGUGCGGACACUACUAAGAAAUUCGAUCCUUCCAGCAGUAUGGUCAUUGCGCAAGAUUCCGAGAAGUUACAAUUUCCGAGUGGAAUGAAAGCUAUAACUGAUAUUGAAAAAGUAUUAGUCCUAACAAACAGAUUUCAGCAUGAUUUAACAUUCAACGAGACAAACUUCCGCAUUCUCUCGUUGAAUAAGGAAGAAAUAGAAAAAGCAAAUUGUUUUGUUUCCAAUCAUCACGGUCAUAAACGUGGAUAUUAUAAUACUUUAGAAUUUAACUAG